AGAGCCAGAGAGAGUCUUAUUCUGUGUUUUGGGUAAAGUGAAUAAAUAAAUUAAGCUAAUAAAUGAAUAAUUAAAGCACUUAAGACAAUAAUUAACCAGAAGGUCCAGGUGGUAGUGGUGCUCAUGGCGAUGGUGGUUUCCCAGCAAAGGUGAGAGAAAGACGAAGAAGCAGAAGAAAACAUCAUACCAGUCCAAUACGAUUACACACUCUGAUUCACUGAGAGAGACAGUUCACUUUGUUUUCUAAAUACAAGGAGACAUGCAAGACUAAUCUGUGUCCUUGUUCAUCGUCAUUUCAUCGAAUACUCCAAAGGUUGUUAGAACGCUAUGCAUCAGAUAAAUAAGAAAGAUUCCACUUUGCCAUACCUUAAUACUAGCAUCUCAUGGGGAGUAGUUCCAACUGAAACCCUGAGCUUGAAGGUGGAUGCUAGGCCUGAACAUAUACAAACCACGAAGCAAAUCAGUUUUCAGGACCAGGAUUCAUCUUCAACUCAGUCCACUGGUCAAUCCUAUACCGAAGUUGCAAGUAGUGAAGAUGAUAACCCUUCUAGACAAAUCUCGUUUUCAGCAAAACCAGGAUCUGAAGACACUCAGCGGAAGGGAUUUGCAACUAUUCCUAAAUCAGGCUCGAUGACAGGAGUUUCGAAUAUUCACUUUGCUCCUACGCAGGCUAAUUUUUCCUUUCACUAUGCUGAUCCACAUUUUGGUGGUUUAUUAGCUGCAACGUAUCUACCACAGGCACCGACAUGCCAUCCCCAAAUGGUGGGUAUGAUUCCUGGUCGGGUUCCUCUACCAGUGGAGCUCACGGAAGCUGAACCAGUCUUUGUCAAUGCGAAGCAAUACCACGCAAUUAUGAGGAGGAGGCAGCAACGUGCCAAGCUCGAGGCUCAAAACAAACUAAUCAAAUCCCGUAAACCGUAUCUUCAUGAAUCUCGACAUGUUCAUGCUCUCAAAAGGCCAAGAGGAUCUGGUGGAAGAUUCCUAAACACCAAAAAGCUUCUUCAAGAAUCCGAACAGGCUGCUGCUAGAGAACAAGAACAUGGCAAGUCGGUCCAACGGGAAAACAAAAAGGCAAACAUGUCUAGAUUUGAAGCUCAUAUGCUGCAGAACAACAAAGACCGUGGUUCAACCACUUCUGGCUCAGACAUAACAUCUGUUUCAGAUGGUGCUGAUAUCUUCGGGCAUGCAGAUUUCCAGUUUUCAGGUUUUCCAACUCAGACGAACCGAGCCAUGCUUGUUCAUGGUCAAUCUAAUGACAUGCAUGGAGGUGGAGACAUGCACCAUUUCUCUGUCCAUAUCUGAGACAUAGGGAUCUUGGUGCUGUUGUAUGUUCCCACCAAAAAAGGGGAAGUCAUCCUUGGCUACUAGUUCUUUUGCUUGUUGUUAGUGUUGUAAUUUAACGUUAUGCUUGUGUUAGACAUCAAUUUGAAACACUUCUGCUUGUCUGUUAUCUUCUGUCACCAUGAAUCGUUUGUGUAAACGAAUGAUUUGAUCGUUCUAAACUUCUAAUAAGCUUUUAUUUCCAA